AUCAAUUCAAUGUCAAUUUUAGUUUUUUUGAGGUUUGGUACUUUGGCUUCAUACUUAUUUGUUAUGAAGUUUAAUAAUAGCCGUGUUUAAUAAUAUUUGUGUUUGUAACAUUUGUAAAUACGUUUCCACCGUAGUCAUAUAGUGCUUAAAUCGAUUAUAUUUUGAAAUGAAUUUCGUUAAAAAAGCACUUCAUCAAAUACUUUCAAAACAAAAUGAAUAUUGUUGUUUAUGUUUCGAAUCAGUUAAAGAAAAUGGUGUAAAUAUUUAUGAUGAAGUUGUCCUAAAAACAACAAAAUCAGAAAAUCAUAUAAAACUGUCUGAAAUAUUGAUUUCGUUACUUGGAGAAGAAACUUAUAGCAAUGUUUCAACCUUUGAUGUUAUUUGCGAAAGAUGUAUGAAGAUGUCAAUAAAAAGUUACAAAUUCAUUAAAAGCACACAAGAAAACUCAGAGCAAUUAGGCAAAAUAAUAGACAUACUCUCCAAUUGUUCAGAAGGUACUAAACACGAAAGGGAUGAGUGUCAAACACUUUUUAUUUCUUUAGAUCCUGAAAACUUUACUAGUAAACUAUUCUAUGAUUACAACAAACUUUCGAAACCAUAUUUAUCUAACGCUGUAGAGAGAUUUCAAACUAUAAUUAACACAGAAGAUAUGCAGCCAAGCUUAGAGUACCAACACAAUAUAAAAAUUGAACAAGAUGAAAAUUACUUUAUAGAAAUUGCAAAAAAUAACCGUAAACACAAAUUCAAAACAAAGCAUAGAAAUAAUAUUGCGAUACCAACUAGUGAAAUGCUUUAUGAUAGAAAAGACAGAAAAAAUUUACAAUGUAAAGGGUGUUUAAAAGAUUUUCCGUCCCUUUCUAAUUUAAGAAACCACUAUAUUAGAGUUCAUGCACCAAAAGUCUUCAAAUGUUCAGCGUGUAAUAGAAAAUUUGGUUCCCAGUCAAUUUUAGAAGCUCACAAAAAGGAAAGCCACUGUACCCUAAUUUGUAUGGAGUGUGGUAAACCAUUUCACAACAGACAUACACUUAGAAUGCAUGAAAUGGGUCACGGAGGUCUCAAAUUAGUAUGUCAAGCAUGUGGCAGAACAUACAAAAGUCAUACAACAUUCAAAAAACAUAUAGAAUUAAAUAUUUGCGGUCAAAAAACUCGUGCAAAUCCCGCCCAAGCUAAAUUUACAUGUGACUAUUGUAAUAAAAAGUACACUCAAAAGGUGUCAUUGAGAGUCCAUAUACAACAUGAGCAUGGAAACUACAAAAGUCAUGAAUGUAAUUGGUGUAAAAAGAAAUUCUGGGCUCUUAGUCGGUUGAAGGCCCAUAUAGUCAAACACACACAAGAAAAAAAGUUUCAUUGUAAUAUUUGUGGUGGUAAUUUUGUUACAAAAGAGUCUCUGUUAUACCACACUCGUAUCCACACGGGUGAGAAGCCUUAUAAGUGUGAUUAUUGUGAACGUAGAUUCAUCUCAUCGUCUCGGAGAGCGGAACAUGUGAAAAAUCAUCACUUAAAUGCAACUUUGGAAUGCGAUGUUUGCCACAGCAAGUUCAAAACACAGUUAUGGUUGGAAAAACAUAAAAGGACACAUCUAGAUAAAAAUAAUGCCACAAACUUAAUUCAACAAGCUCUAGCUAAUGAUUAUGAAAUUCAAAUAUCUGAAGAAGAUAAAAUUUAUCUAGAAGUGUCUGAUUGUGAAGAUUAUGGCUUAUGAUGGCCAGGAAAUGUAUGGAUUUGUUCUAUAUUGUGCUUCUUAACUAUGCUAGAUGUGAUAUUUUCAAUAAUUAUUUCUAUUAAAAUAUUUUGCAAAUGAA